GGACGCGCGCACUCACGUGACGUGCCUGGCUGCGACGUAGGCUCCAGUCCUCAAGCUCGCCCUUCCCGCUGUGGGCCUAAACGCUGACCGCUGGCGUCCCUGGACUCUUCAUUGUUGCUUCAGGUUCUUUCAGGCCUGCGCAUCUGUUGUUUCUGACACUCUUCAAGGUUAGAAAAAGAAUAGAAACUUGCUCAGAAUCUUUGCAGGACAGGACAAGGAGGGGAAAUCUCAACAUGGAAAAACUCUACAAUGAAAAUGAAAUAAAGCCUGAAAAACAAGGAAAGAUGAAAAACGAAGAACAGCCACAGGAUGAGGGAAAGCCAGAAAUAGCUUGUACUCUGGAAAACAAGGAAAUAUUAGAAAAUGAGGGAAAGACAGAAAAUAGGAAAAAGAGAGAAGAUAAGGAAAUGCUAAAUGACAAGGAAAAUCCAGAGAAGGAGGGAAAGACAAAAGAAGUAACUCCAGAGAGCAAAACAGGGGCUGUAGGAAAGCGCCCAGCUGAGGAUGAUGUACCCAGAAAAGCAAAACGAAAAACCAACAAAGGGCUGGCUGAGUACCUCAAGGAAUAUAAGGAGGCCAUACAUGAUAUGCAUUUUAGCAAUGAAGAGAUGAUAAGAGAAUUUGAUGAGAUGGCUAGGGUGGAGGAUGAGGUGAAAAAAACCAAACAGAAAUUGGGGGGAUUUAUGUGGAUGCAAACAAGUUUACAGAACCCUUUCCACCCAAGGGGCCCAAGGGAGCUCAGGGGUGGCUGUAGGGCCCCACAAAGGGGCUUUGAAGAUAUUCCUUAUGUGUAGUGCUUUUGGGCUUCACUUUGACUGAUUAGAUCAUUGCCAACUCUGCUUUCUUGUUGCAUUUCCCUGGAAAGCAUUUGCUAGGCUCUGCAGUUUAACCUUAUGCUGAUACUUUGCUUUAGGUGUUCCUCCCAUUACCAGCAGGCUUUUGACUCAACUGCAGCAGUCUGUUUCAGUAGGAGAUUUUCAUCCAUUGCAUGGAAAAAAUGUUUAUGGUGCAGUGUUAAAUUAAAAAAACUAGUUUGCAGAACCAUA